AUGCUGGGCCAUCAGCCUUACAAAAUACAGCUGAACCUGUUCUUGCUGGCCGCCCGUAGAGCUCUGGCUCGCACCACACGACCCACGGCCAGCCCGGCCAGCCCAGCCCAGUCAGGGCCACCACACCACCAGACCCCCAUCCCCAUCCCCAUCCCCAUGCCAGACCUCCGCACUGCUGCCAGUACCACCCAGCAACCCCCGAUGCACAGCUGCAACUUCUUCACACCUGCCCGUUCGCCGUUUUAA